GAGUGUCACAGUGUGUUUGUUCACAGUUGAGUUACUGAGGAACGGCACUGUGGAAGACUCCUUUCUAAGCAACUCGAGUUUGCUGUGAUUCAGUUCAGGCCUUCUGCAGAGACAGCCUCUUGCCUUAAUGAGUGACACAGAAACAACAGAGAUUCCAUAUGAGGAUCAGGACUUUGGUGAUUCAAGAAGCUAUCCAGAUUUCCAGGGACCUACUGCCAACAGGAGUUGUACGGACGUUCUGUGCUGUAUGAUCUUCCUACUGUUUGUUACAGGCUACGUUCUGUUAGGACUUGUGGCUUGGACACAUGGUGACCCCAGGAGAGUGGCCUAUCCUACAGACAGCCAGGGACACUUUUGUGGCCAGAAGGGAACCCCCAAUGAGAACAAGACCAUUUUGUUUUACUUUAACCUAUUCAGGUGUACCGGUUCUUCCAUGAUGCCAAGGCUACAGUGCCCUACUACCCAGAUCUGCGUCUCCAGGUGCCCAGAGAAAUUUCUAACCUACUUCGAAAUGCAAUUUUUUAAUGAAAGACACAAAAGCCACUGGGAAUACUACCGCCAGUUCUGCAAGGCCACGGCCAGGCCUGCAAAGACUUUCUCAGAUCUGUCCCGUGGGGACUGCCCCCCAGCAGUUUAUCCAAGUAGACCUAUCCUGCAGAGAUGUCUGCCUUACUUCUCCCCCAUCAAGGGAAACUUAACCAUAGGAAACGGGAUGCAGUUUGAAGAUGGAAGUGAGAGGAGCAGAAAUGUCAUAGAACUCGCAGAGGCUGCGAAUGGCAUCACUAAAUUCCUCGAUGCCAGGACAUUUGGGAUGAAGGUAUUUGAAGACUACGUGACUUCAUGGAAAUGGAUUCUCAUUGGCCUGACCAUUGCCAUGGUGAUGAGUUGGAUUUUUUUGAUACUCCUGAGGUUCAUAGCUGGAUUCCUCUUCUGGGUCUUCACGUUUGGUGUGCUUGGAAUUUUAGGAUAUGGAAUAUGGUAUUGUUACCUGGAAUACAAUAGCCUUCAGCAGGAACCACAGUCAGCUUUCAUGAUCUACAACAUCGGGAUUCAGACCAACAUAAGCGUAGUCUUUCCUUUGAAACAGGCGUGGUUCUCAAUGAUGAUCAUCCUGUCCAUCAUUGAGGCCAUCAUCAUCAUCAUGCUGAUCUUCUUCAGGAGGCGGAUCCUCGUGGCCAUCACCCUGCUGAAGGAAGGAAGCAAAGCCAUUGGCUACAUCCCCAGCACAUUAGUCUACCCGAUUUUAACUUUCUUCUUGCUGUCAAUCUGCAUUUCCUACUGGGCCGUGACAGCCAUUUUCUUGGCUACAUCAGGGGUACCAAUAUUCAAAGUUAUGAUCCCAGAAGGGGAAUGUAGAUAUGAAGAUGAAAUCUGUGACCCAGAGAUUUUUCCUAAAACUAACAUUCCCAAACUCUGCCCCGGGGCAUCAUGUAACUUCGCUUUCUAUGGCGGAAGGAGUGUGUAUCACAGUUACAUCAUGACCUUCCAGAUCUACAACCUCUUUGCCUUUCUCUGGCUUAUAAACUUUGUCAUUGCACUGGGUCAGUGUACCCUCGCCGGUGCCUUCGCCUCCUACUACUGGGCCAUGAGAAAACCUGAGGACAUCCCCAAGUACCCGCUCUUCAUUUCAUUUGGACGAGCAAUACGAUACCACACGGGUUCUCUAGCCUUUGGAUCUUUGAUCCUUGCAUCAGUUCAGAUGUUUAAAAUGAUCAUAGAAUACCUGGACAGGCGACUUAAAAAGAAAGAGAACAGAGUUUCCAGGUUCCUGCAGGGCUGCCUACGGUGUUGUUUCUGGUGUUUGGAAAAGUUGGUGAAGUUUUUAAACAGAAAUGCCUAUAUCAUGAUUUCAUUAUAUGGCAAAAACUUCUGCGAUUCAACAAAGGAUGCUUUCUAUCUGCUCAUGAGAAACAUUUUGAAAGUCGCAGUUACAGAUGAAGUCACACACUUUGUAUUACUCCUGGGGAAAAUCCUAGUUUCUGGGAUUGUCGGUAUCCUGGCCUUCCUACUCUUCACAGAGAGACUGCAAAGGAUUAUAGAAGGACCAACGACUUUAAAUUACUACUGGGUACCUUUCCUGACUGUCGUGAUUGGAUCUUACCUGGUUGCUCAUGGAUUCUUCAGUGUCUAUUCAAUGUGUGUUGAGACCAUUUUCAUCUGCUUCUUGGAAGACCUAGACAGAAACGAAGGCUCUCGCGCAAGACCCCUUUUCACGACUCCGACUCUAAUGAACCUUUUGCUGGAGCCGCCGAACAAGUAUGCGAAGCAGUAGGAGAGCCGGCUGGGCGACCUGCCGCCGUGUGGCCUCCUGCUCCGCUGUGACAUCCAACACUCCUUCCACAGUGCUUUGGCUGGGGACAUUCGCAGCCACGGCCUUGCGGCUUGGUUCGCAUCUUAUACCAAAGCCCACACUGUAACCUGUGAAGCCAUCAGAAGUCGCAAGGGAAUUGUUAAUAACAUGCAACAUUUUUAUGCUA